UGACACAUAAACAUAACCUAUCUUACUUGUAGUUAGUAAAGUAAACAAAAUAAUUUAAAUAUAUCAUCUUAAUUAUUUAAAAUGAAAUCUGAAGACGUGUCCCAGGGUCAAUGUCAGUUUUUCGUGAUGAGGAAAAAGCGGCUUUGUCGCAUGACCGUGCGGCCGGGCCGCCAGUACUGUGGAGAACAUGAACCGCAGCCGAAAACCGAUGACGGAGAAAUAGACACACGCAUACCAUGCCCAAAUGAUCCUAAGCACACCUGUUACGCCAGCAAGCUAGAGAAGCACCUCUCCAUCUGCAAUGCGCGGCCAACGGAGCUGCCGGAGUACAUAAUCCCCAACGUGAACAUACCACUGGCUACGGACACAUUUUCCCGAAUCCCGCUGAGCGAGGUCCCGCAAGAGAAACUAUUGAAGGUCAUUGAUAAAGUGAACAGUCUGUAUGACAAACAUGUUAAACACGAGAUAACAACCCUUGAAGAGAUGCCCAUCCACUGGACGGUCCUGGAAGAGUUCAAUGACCCUACUCGCACGGAGAGCUCCCGGAGACAUCUGCGGCAGACCUCCAGUCUUCUGCACGUCAUGGAGCAAGCGGGACUGGUGCAAGAUCAUACUUGUUACGUGGAGCUUGGAGCCGGGAAAGGAAUAGUAUCCUACUACCUAUGGCGCGCGUGGUGCUCAGCCCCUGAGUCCACCAGCGCAGCCCUCCUCGUGGACCGCGCGGCGCUGCGCCACAAGCGCGACAACAAGUUGCGCGGCGACCGCAUCGCGCGACUCCGCGCCGACCUGGCUGAUCUCGCGCUGGAGAAGGUUCCAAUAGUGAAAGAAAGUCAGAGCGUGGUCGGGCUCGCUAAGCACCUGUGCGGGGUCGCUACAGACCACGCGCUGCGCUGCGUGACGGCGGCGCGCGGCCGCGGGCUGGUGCUGGCCACGUGCUGCCACCACCGCUGCCGGCCCGCGCUCUACGUCGCCAGGGAGCAGAUGCAGGAGCUGGGUAUAACAGAUGAAGAUUUCAACACCAUGCUGGGAAUAGUGUCGUGGGCUACCUGUGGGGACGGAAGGCCGCGGGACAAACGAGGAACACAGACUACAGAUGGAGAUCACGAUGAUGAUGGAAUUGAUGAUUCGAAUAUCAAUGUUGGCGAGAAACCAACGUGUGUUGCUAGUGAAAACCACCGGCUCGGUGAGAAUUUAGUGAAAAGUGAAGUGAUAGUGAGACAGCUAAAUCACGAUGAGAACCUAGUCAGUGAACAAACCAGUAGUACUGAGAAACAGUAUAGACUAGACGCCAAUGUAGAAGAUAGUGAGAAACGGCAACACAGGGCUUUAACAGGGCGGCGUGCUAAAGCCUUAUUAGACUGGGGGCGUGUGGCGGCGCUCCGGAGUAAGGGGUUCGAUGCCCGACUCGUGCAAUUCGUGUCCGAAGAAGUGUCGCCGGAGAAUCUCGCCAUAGUCGCUGUGAAAUGACAUCUUGUUGAUUAUUUAUUGUACAAAAUAUAAUAUUAAUUUAUUAUUGCAUGCAGCAUGAUUAAAGUUUAGAAUAGAAUAGAAUAGAUUUAUUUUCAAAAUUGGAUACAAGGUAUCACUUAUUGACGUCACAUAACUUAAAUCUAAUUAUAACUACUACCGCUUCCAAAGCGCAUGUGUAGAAGAAGCGGCGGAACAAACUACACUGCAGCAUUUUCAUAGGACGUCAAUUUACAAAUAUAGAUCUCUUAAAUCUAAAUCGUGGACGAAUGCACAUUGUCUACAUUAAAAAACAUGUAUGAAUGUAGAACUGAUUAUGUCAAUACGAAUAUUUCGUCAAAUAAAAUAAAUAUAAAAUAAAAUAUGUACAUACUGUACAAAUUAUGUCCAGAUCAUGUCAAAAAUACACAAGCAUUUAAGAGGCCAUUAUGUCCAGCUCGGGCCACACAUGUUUAUCAUUAAUAUAAUCAUCCGUGCUGUAAUAGGCUUUCCUACAAAGCUCAAUUUUAUUUGCUUCAAUUUUCCUACAAAGCAAAGCUUUAUUCCACAAAUAAUAAUUAGGAUCAAUUAAUAAUAUAUAUUGAAGCAAAGCUCAGCAAACGCCUGAGGGAGGCAACAGGAGACCCUCGCGCGGGCAGCUUUCUUGCGCAGCGUAUUGCUAUUGCAAUACAGCGCGGGAAUGCUGCCUGCGUGAUGGGAACCCUUCCUAGGGGUCCAAAUUUAAACAAUAAUGUAUUUAGCUUGUAAUUUAGAAUAGUUUUUUUUUUUAUUAUUAUUAUAAAAUAAUUAAUAUUAGUUUAAAUUAUUUAAUUAGGUAUAUUUAUUAUUAGUACUUUUCUGAUUAAUUAUAAACAAUUAUAUUGAAGCAGAACAGAAAUAUUAAAAUUAAAUUUAAGUGCAAUGAAAACUAUAUAUUGUAAAAAUAACAUAUAGUAUUUAUAAUUAAAAGGAAAUCAAAUUACUUUGAAGAUAUUUCGACAUUUGAUAUAAAAAUUCUUUAUAAUUUUAGAGCUUUCGCGUUGGGCCUUAAUUAGUUAAAUAGUGAAAUAAAACAAGAUGGUGCAAAUAUAAUUUGUAUAUUCAUAUCAUUAAUUACGAUCUAACAGUAUCAAUAUUUUUAUACAAACUUGUUCCACGGAGUUGUUCCAUGGUGGGCAUCAAUUAACUAAUUAAUUUUCUAAAGAUAUAAAUAAAACACGAGUACUAAUGCUGGCCGUGGGUGAAUGGAGCCAUCAACUUGUCGUUUUCAAAUGCUAAUUUCACUUUUGUCAAAAUUCGUACAUUCACUUUUUUCGAGUGUGUGGUUACCCUCAGAAUACAAAAGAAACACUAAAUCUUUGCGUAGACGUCGUAAAAGA